AAGUCCCCUCAGAAUUACAACAGUUGUUUUGUGAUGUGGCAUUUGAGCAUUUAGGACCAGGUACUUUUUUCCAGCAUGGGGAUUUUAAAUUAUGUCCUCCUGGGUUUAUGCACACUGCAUCUGUUUAUCAGUUUAAGCACCAAUGUGGACGCGUCCAGGGAGCCACGGACAACUGCUGAUAACAGUGGUGCUGCGAUGAGGAGGGCCAGAGCUGUGAGCAGACCGAUACCAAUCAACUGUAUGCUGGGGAGCUGGUCGGCUUGGACACAGUGUAACUCCUGCACAGACAAAAAGUUCCGUUUCCGAAGCCUCGAGAAACCAUCACAGUUUGGUGGGACCGAAUGUGUCGAGGGACUGUGGGGGAGGUUGGCAUGUCCGACAUCAAGCACACAGUGUCUGCAACCGGAUUACUGUGGAGAGAGUUUCACCUGCAAUGAAACAGGGCGCUGUAUCAGCCAGUCCCUUCGCUGUAAUGGAGAACCGGACUGUGAUGAUUUUUCUGAUGAAGAUGAAUGUCAAGAUUUCAACCGGAGAGAAGACAAGUGUUCCGCUCUAAUGCCGAUCCCUGGUGCUGAACGUGGCACUCAGGGCUUCAACAUCUUGACUGGAGAUUUUGUUGAUCACGUACUUGACCCAAAGUACUUUGGAGGACAGUGUGAAUAUGUCUACAACGGUGAAUGGAGGAAGUUCAUUUAUGAUGCCUUCUGUGAGAACCUGCACUACAAUGAAGAUGAGAAAAACUACCGGAAACCUUACAACUACCACACUUACCGUUUUGUGGCUCAAGCUACAUCAGAGGGCUCUCAUGAGUAUUAUGAAGAUUUGACUGCCCUGCUGACAGCAAGGAAAACUAUGUCCUCAUCCAAUGGUGGAGUCUCAAUUGGGAUCAAUUACUUGGAAGUUGGACUGAGUGGCAGCAGUGAAUCACAGUUUCUCAGGAACUUAACACAGCAUAAAAGUCAGGACCUUGGCUUCAUUAGACUUCAGUCCAAAGUACAAACUGCUCACUUCAAGAUGAGAACCAAUAAGCUGAUGCUUCAUGAAGAUUUCUACAUUUCACUCAUGGAGCUCCCAGAACAAUAUAACUUUGGGAUGUACUCAAAGUUCUUCAACACAUUCGGCACCCACUAUGUCACAGAAGGAACCAUGGGGGGAACCCUGGAGUAUGUUGUGGUCGUCAACAAAACGUCGAUGGCAGAAUCAAAGAUUGAGGCUAAACAAGCUGGUAGAUGCUUCGGUGCCUCUAUUGGUUUUAGCUAUCCAUUUGAAGAACAGGCAUCAGUAGCUCUGAAGCUGAAAGGAAAGUUCUGUGAUAAAGGGGGAGAAUUCAGUCAAGGUAAAGACUCAAGUUCAUCUGUGAUUGAGGACAUUGUCACUCUAGUAAAGGGAGGAAUCACAGACAGCAGCGCUGGUCUGUUGGCUAUCAGGAGCGCUGACACCUACAAAAAGUGGGGAGCAUCUCUCAAAUACAACCCAACAGUCAUUGAACAUGAGACCAUGCCAAUUUAUGAGCUUGUGCGCCUCAGCACAGCUGCUGACCAUGUAGGUGCGAGAAUAAACAACUUGCAGAGGGCCUUGGACGAGCAUCUGCAGCAGUUCGACCCCUGUCGCUGUGCCCCUUGUAGGCACAACGGGAUCCCCAUCCUCUCAGGAACCUCCUGUAACUGCAUCUGUAAGUCAGGAUACCAGGGAGACGCCUGUGAAGAGACGCUCAGGAGAGAUACCAAGACAGAUGGGUCGUGGUCCUGCUGGGGGUCUUGGUCAACCUGCACAUCAGGAAGGAAGACUAGGACACGAGUCUGUAAUAAUCCUCCACCUGAUGGAGGUGGAGCAAACUGCCUGGGCUCCACUACUCAGGCUCGUCGCUGUUAAAGAGAAGCUUGUCUCAGGUUUCGGGGUAAAAAUGAACAAAGCUGUCCUUCUAGACAUCUUUUCAAAACAUCAAAGGCCUCAGAAAUGAAAUUACACUCUCUAUCAAAAGUGGCAAUAAACAUGUGCUGUACAGA